AUGUCAUUGCCGUUUUGGCUGGCUCCACAACUACCAUUUACUCUAUUCUAUCCGACGAUGCCUCCUUAUCUAUUAGCACCCAAUUUUUCUCCGUUGCUGCCAAUUAUAAAACAACAUCCAAUUAUAACGUCGGACCUUUCAUCACCAUAUGAAACGAAUAAUAAAGACAAGUCAUCGAAACGAUUUCUAGUAGAAAGCAUUCUUCCAUCGCUUGCAGAAAAGCAUGAAUCGCCUCCACAGACACAUCCAGUGCAAACGAUAGCAUCACCUAUCAAAAUAAUGCCAAGAGUAACACAAGCAACACCUAAUCCUACUCCUCAAACGUUACCGCCAAGCAAUGUCGAAUGGGUUAAUGGAGGCUAUGGCGUUAAAAAUCCUAUGCUACAAAGUGCCCGUCUAGAUAUUGACUCGACUCCAGCCCCGACCUCCGAGCCUGGUCUUCUAACUUGUCGAAUUUGUGGGAAAAAAUUCGCACUGCAACGAUUAUUAAAUCGACAUGCGAAAUGUCAUUCAGAGGUGAAACGCUAUCUUUGUACGUUUUGUGGCAAAGGUUUUAAUGACACCUUCGAUUUAAAACGACAUACUCGGACACAUACAGGUGUAAGGCCAUAUAAAUGUGAUCAAUGUGAAAAAUCUUUUACACAACGAUGUUCACUGGAAUCUCAUUUAAAAAAGGUUCAUGGAACCCAACAUCAUUAUGGUUAUAAGGAACGUCGAAGUAAGGUUUUUGUCUGUGAAGACUGUGGCUUUACUGCAUCGAUUUUCGAUGAAUACGUAUCGCAUCUAAGCCUAAAUCACCCUUUCAGUCCGCAAUUGGUAAAAUUGAAUUCUACUAAUGUUACUUCAAAAUAUAGAAAUGAAACUUUAUCAUCAUCAUCGUCAGCCUCAAAUGAUAACUCAUAA